GUAACUGCAACUGCAAAGCAGCUGCUCAGAAAAGGCUGCCAAUCUGUCUGGAGCUAGAAGGAAAUUGGAGUCUUCAGCAUUGGAGGGCAUUGAGCAUUUCUCUUCUGAGUCAAAGAGAGGAAGGUCUGAGCCCAGCCCCUUGCAGCUGUGCUUCCCUACCUUAUCCUGCACCAUGACAGUUUCUCUGGAGAAGUCUGUAAUGCUACUCUGGCUGCUGGUCAUCGCCUUUGCUACAGCCCCCAAAGGUACCCUUUCCCAAAUAAAAAUGGUGAUAUCUGGUCCCAAGGAAGGGACAGUCUCUGGAUCAUUCCUCCUCACCUGCACUGUAAUAGGAGCACCUCUGAAUAGCCCUUACUAUGACUGGAACUGUGUCCGUCUGUCUCCAGGAGGGGAGUUGCAAUUUCUAGGCUGGAUCUAUCCUUUUGGGAAUAACACAGGCUAUGCCCCAUCCUUCCAAGAUCGUGUCACCAUCUCUGCAGAUAAAGCCAAAAACGAGAUUUCCCUGCAGCUGCAUGCCCUUAGAGCCACAGAUAGAGCCACCUAUUUCUGUGCUAGACAGCACACCAUAAAAAAUACUGUGGCAACAGACAAGCUCGUAUUUGGAAGCGGGAUCACCUUCUCAAUUGAAUCAAGUAAACAAGAAGAUUCUACACCAGAAGUCAUUGCACUUAAAUCAAAGGAAUGCAAACAAUAUGGCAAUGUAUUGAACAUAGCUUGUUUGGCAAGAACAUUCUACCCUAAGAACAUCAGUCUUGAUGGGCCCAAGGGUGACAUUGUAUAUGAUCUGAAGGAACCUCUUCUCACAUCAGAGGGGAUGUACAGUACCUUGAAAGUUGUUCGUAUAAAACCAGAUACAGAAGGGGCCUGCAAAGCUGUGCACAAGGAGAACAAGACUGUAGCCAGCACAACACUGCCAGAAGAGAAAGAUGAAGAACUGGCAGCAGAGAAGGCUUGCAACUUUACAGAUGCCUUUAAAAAAGAUGUCAAAAUGGAGAAAAUGAACAUGCUGUUCAUGGUUGUUUUGGGUUUGAGGGUCCUGUUGGCAAAAAGCAUCACCUUCAACAUACUCAUGAGUAUCUGUCUGUUCAUAUUCUGAGGUAGGAAACAUAUCAUUCACUCCUUGAGAGCAUAGGAGUCAAGUGAAGGAAGUGCAGACCAGUUGGCUUUGCAUCCUUCUGUAAACACAUCACAAGUUAUAUCUGCUCUGCUGUUCCAUCUUCCACUGAAUUAGUCAAUGUUUAUAGUGACUAAUUUAUUGGCUGCUCAUCAAGUAGCUUAUACAUCAGGCUAGUCCAGAGUACCUCAGAUUAUAUCAGCAGCAGAGCACAAUGUCUGGAGAAAAGUCCAGAUCAGCAAGGACUGUAAAGGAGUAAUGCCCAAACACAAGAAAUUUUGAAAAGGGGAAGGAAAACAAAGGAGGGAGAAUUUUGAAAAGCGGGUAUCCAAAAUGACCAAAAAGAUUAUCCCAUCCAUUCCAAAUUAACAAAUCUCAUUAAACAAAUGUUUCUCUUUCAGGUACUAAGUAAGCCCAGCAGUGGGCUGAAGAAGAGAAGGAGAGAAUAUAUAGCAGCAUAAUUUAAACACCAUGGAUCAACUUUGCUGACAAUAAGCAUCUAAAGAAACACAGAAGCAACCCCUCCAUUCCCAGUUCCUGUAGAUCCGAUUAAGUCCCAUCACUUCAUCAAGAGUUAGAUAGAAUCUGCUUGCAACAUCUGAGAGACUUCUGAAGGAGCAUGAUGCUGCCCUCAGCAGUUCUUUAACUAGCGGGAUAGCUGCUGGACCAGAAUGAGCCAUGUGGCAUAGACCCUGCUGAAGCAGUGAGCUGCCCUGCAACAUCUCCGUGAGCAGUGAUCCUUUUUUUACUUCUGUG